AUGGUUUCAGUGAAAACAGCUUCCCCAUCAACCUCCAAAUUUACCUCUCCAAUUACAUCAUAUAAUACUGGACCACAAUCUCAUUCAACUACAAAAACAACAACUGUCCGACCGGAUAUUACCAAAUCAUCAACUGAAACGACUUCAUAUAAGGGCACACCUGAGGCUACUACUGAAGCAACCACUGUAGCAACUACUCAACAAACACCAGUGCCAACAACAGAACCUACCGCAAGUGCCGUAACCACACCUAAAGUAACCACUGUUGCGCCAACAACCAAUCGAUUGGCCAGUUCACCAACUACUACAACUUCGGUAACAACCUUAGCCCCAACUAGCACAGUUUCACCCACAACUGAAGCUACCACCACGUUGAUUACUUCUGAGGCUACCACCGAAGUUACCACUAUAGCAUCCACCCAACCAACACCAGUGCCAACAACAUCACCUACUACUAGUCAUCCUACUACGAUUAAAGUAACUACUGUUGCGCCUACAACAACCCGAGUGAGUAGUCCACCAAUAACCACACCUGUGGUAACAAACUUAGCCAAAACCAGCACAGUUUCACCGACAACUGAAGCUACCACCACGCUGGUUACUUCUGAGGCUACCACCGAAGCUACCACUAUAGCAUCCGCCCAACCAACACCAGUGCCAACAACAGCACCUACUACUACUAGUCCUCCUACGACGACUAAAGUAACUACUGUUGCGCCUACAACAACCCAAGUGAGUAGUCCACCAAUAACCACACCUGUGGUAACAACCUUAGCCAAAACUAGCACAGUUUCACCAACAACUGAAGCUACCACCACGCUGGUUACUUCUAAGGCUACCACUGAAGUUACCACUGUAGGAUCCACCAAACCAACACCAGUGCAAACAACGAUAUCUACCACGAGUCCCCCAACCAUGACUAAAGUAACCACUGUUGCGCCAACAACCACCCGUGUGACUAGUGUACCAUCUACUACACUAUCAGGAACAACCUUAGCCCCAACGAGCACAGUUGAACCCACAACUGAAGCUACCACCACGCUGGUUACUUCUGAGUCUAUCACCAAAGCUACCACUAAAGCAUCCACACAACCAACAUCAGUGCCAACAACAUCACCUACUACUAGUCCUCCUACUACGACUAAAGUAACUGUUGUUGCGCCUACAACCACCCGAGUGACUAGUCCACCAAUGACCACACCUGUGGUAACAUUCUUAGCACCAAUUAGCACUGUUGAACCGACAACUGAAGCUACCACCACGCUGGUUACUUCUGAGGCUACCACUGGAGCUACCACUAUAUCAUCCACCCAACCAACUCCAGCGCCAACAACAGCACCUACUACGAGUCCCGCUAUCACGACUGAAGAAACAACUGCUGCGCCAACAACGACCCGAGUGUCUAGUCCACCAAUAACCACACCUUUGGUAACAACGUUAGCCUCAACUAGCACAGUUGCACCCACAACUGAAGCUACCACCACGCUGGUUACUUCCAAGGCUACCACCGAAGUUACCACUAUAGCAUCCACCCAACCAACAUCAGUACAAACAACAUCACCUACUACUAGUCCUCUUACUACGACUAAAGUAACUACUGUUGCGCCUACAACAACCCGAGGGACUAGUCCACCAAUAACCACACCUGUGGUAACAACCUUAGCCAAAACUAGCACAGUUUCACCGACAACAGAAGCUACCACCACGUUGGUUACUUCUGAGGCUACCACCGAAGUUACCACUGUAGGAUCAACCAAACCAACACCAGUGCCAACAACGAUAUCUACCACGAGUCCCCCAACCAUGACUAAAGUAACAACUGUUGCGCCAACAACCACCCAUGUGACUAGUCCACCAAUAACCACACCUGUGGUAACAACCUUAGCCCCAACUAGCUCUGUUGAACCGACAACUAAAGCUACCACCACGUUGGUUACUUCUGAAGCUACCAUCGAAGCUACCACUAUAGCAUCCACCCAACCAACACCAGUGCCAACAACAUCACCUACUACUAGUCCUCCUACUACGACUAAAGUAACUAAUGUUGCGCCUACAACAACCCGAGGGACUAGUCCACCAAUAACCACACCUUUGGUAACAACCUUAGCCCAAACUAGCACUGUUAAACCGACAACUGAAGCUACCACCACGCUGGUUAGUUUUGAGGCUACCGCUGAAGCUACCACUAUAGCAGCCACCCAACCAACACCAGUGCCAACAACAGCACCUACUACGAGUCCCCCUACUACGACUGAAGUAACUACUAUUGCACCAACAACCAUCCAUGUGACUAGUGUACCAACUACUACAUUAUCGGGAACAACCUUAGCCCAAACUAGCACAGUUGCACCCACAACUGAAGCUACCACCACGCUGGUUACUUCUGAGGCUACCACCAAAGCUACCACUAUAGCAUCCACCCAACCAACACCAGUGCCAACAACAGCACCUACUACGAGCCCCCCUUCGAUGACUGAAGUAACUACUGUUGCACCAACAACCAUCCAUGUGACUAGUCCACCAAUAACCACACCUUUGGUAACAACCAUCCACCCAACCAACACCAGCGCCAACAACAGCACCUACUACGAGUCCCCCUACGAUGACUGA